UUCAAAACUAAUAACCAUGAAAGCAAAAUAUGUUAUAGUUUUCUCGGCAUUACUUUUUUCUCUCAUCAUCGUAGGUGAAACAGCUACUACGGGUAAUUGGGAGCUAUUGAAGGAAAGUAUUGGAAUCUCGGCAAUGCAUGCUCAGUUAUUGCCAAAUGAUCGAGUUGUUAUGUUCGAUAGAACAGAUUUUGGUCAGUCAAAAAUUUCAUUACCUGAAGAAAAAUGUAGAAAACUUGCUGAUGGUCGGAUUGAUUGUUCUGCUCACUCGGUCGAGUUAAACCUUUUAAAUCAAGAUGUCCGUCCUCUUACUGUCCUUACUGAUACUUGGUGCUCUUCGGGUGCAUUAGCUCCUGAUGGCAUGCUAAUUCAAAGCGGUGGAUCCAACACUGGUGAGCGUGCUGUUCGAACUUUUCAGCCGUGUGCUGACUGUGAUUGGAUGGAGAAUCAGAAGGGGCUAGUUGUUCCUCGAUGGUAUGCAUCUAAUCAAAUUUUGCCAAAUGGGAAAGUCAUUGUCGUUGGUGGUAGAGGUCAGUUUAGUUACGAGUACAUCCCUAAGAGCUCAUUGCCAUCGGAUUUCAAAGUCUUUGCACUUCCAUUUCUUAGAGAAACCAGAGAUGCCGUAGAGAACAACUUAUACCCAUUUACUCAUCUCUCAACUGAUGGGAACCUAUUCAUCUUUGCUAAUACUAAAUCAAUUUUGUUUGAUUACAUAAGAAAUCGAGUUGUUAGGGAUGAUUAUCCAGCCAUGCCAGGUGGAGUUUCACGCAAUUAUCCAAGCACAGGUUCAUCUGUACUGCUCCCUCUAAAGCUUGGUUCCAUCAACGGUACUAAUGGUGCAGCACCAGAUGCUGAAGUCUUCAUCUGUGGAGGGGCACCACCAACUUCAUACAUCAGUGCGAUCAAAGGAACAUUUUUACCAGCUGCAAAAUCAUGCGGACGUUUAAUGAUCACAGCGAAACAACCAAAAUGGGUAAUGGAAGAAAUGCCAAUGGAAAGAGUCAUGGGUGACAUGCUCUUGUUACCAACAGGAGAUGUCUUAAUUAUAAAUGGUGCGAAAAAAGGUGCAGCUGGUUGGUAUUUAGGUAGGGAACCGGUUCUAAAUCCCGUACUUUACCAACCCGAAUCAAGUAAGUAUGAGAUAAUGGAACCAUCCAAGAUCCCUCGAAUGUAUCAUUCAACUGCUGUCUUGAUUACUGAUGGUAGAGUAUUAGUUGGGGGGAGUAACCCGAAUAAGAAUUACAACUUCACCGAGGAAUUCCCUACUGAAUUGAGUGUUGAGGUUUUCUCGCCACCAUAUUUAAGCAGCGGUCCUCGGCCGCAAAUUAGUUGGGCGAAACCUGAAACUGAAUUAUCCUAUAAGCAACCAAUAUCAAUUGGUUUUACUACGAAGAAGAAUGGGGAGUUCCCUCUUUUUGAUAAGUUUUUUAAGAAGAAAAGUCAUCAACAGAAUGGAGAGUUAGAGAACAUUUCUGUGACGAUGGUUGCACCAUCAUUCAACACACAUUCUUUCUCCAUGAAUCAAAGGAUGAUGGUUUUGGAAACCAAUCAAGUACGUCAACUCUCCGGUAGAAGUUAUGUCAUCGACUGUUUUGCUCCGGCGACUCCUAAUAUUGCACCACCCGGCUAUUAUCUUCUUUUCGUGGCACACAAUGGGAUUCCUAGUAAGGGAAGAUGGAUUCACAUCAGUUAAUAGUGUUAAGUGUGAAAGGUUGCUAGCUUGCUUUCUAUUUUUCGGAUGUAAUCAGGAGUCAAUGAUUUGGUUAGUUCAUCUAACUGCCUGAACUAGUACAUUUGUGAGAGAUUCUCUUGUUGACAUGCUGUAAGAUAAACUGAUGAUUACAACCAUGAUAUUUA